GGUAAUUUUUUAGACAUAAAAACAUUACAAACAUGGUUGACAAAAAUGAUAAACAUGGUGCACAAAAAUAACAAAGUUUACAAACAUUACAAAAUAACAAAGCGUACAAACAUUACGAAAUAUGUCAACAAACAUCACAAAGCACUGUUGCUGGAAAAUUCUUCUCCGUCGAGGAUGGUCGCCGGGAAAAAAAAUUUCCGACCAGAAAAUCUCUCUCUCCCUCCGCGUCCCCAAAUAAUUCCCAUAAACUCUCUCUCUCGCGUACAGAAAUAAUUCCCAUAAACUCUCUCUCUUCUAGGAGCUUUCGAGAGAAUGGAAUUAAUGGCCACCCUCCCCCCUAGGAACAUGCCCACGCCGAAAGCCGCCGAAGAAUUUUCCCCACAUCGUCGUCAGUGUCGGAGAGAAGGACCACCGGCGGGACUGGAAAAAAGGUCAUGCCGCCGGGCAGGAGAAGGGAGCUGGUGCCCGCAGGCUGUAUUUUUUAUUUUAAUUGGUAAAUAAAAUAAUCUUGAAAUUACUAUAUUGUCCUUCAUUAAAUUUGAUUAGUUUGAGCCAUUUGAUUUUAAUGAGGUGUAAGGGCUGAGAUUCACUUAGUCAUGUGACUAAGGGACCCCCCCUUAGUCACCUGAUCUUGGCCCAUCAAUAAAAGCUCAUAAGACCCGCCUCCUAAAACCCCGACUCACCGGACUUUUAUUGGGGUGAAAGUUGAAGCGAAAAAUUGUUAAAAAAUACAGAUUUAUGAAUAUGAAAUUCAACAACUUAUAAUAAUUCAUCCAAAAAAAAAAGCAUAUAAUGAUGAAGUUCAUCAAGAGUCGCAGAUAUCCCGUAUGUACCUUGGGAAUAAUUACGUAGUUCAUUAUCACAACAAUUCGAAUGAGAUUAGUUAAGCAAACAUACACUUGGAGGUUUGGAUAUGUGAGAUUAUAAUACCCAACAAAAAGGAAGAAACUAACCACAACUACAAGUCUACAAUCGAUUGACACUCGAGUUCGGUGUGAAAUGUUUGUGUUUAAAACCCUCUUAAAUGAUAGUUUCAAGUCUCCUAAUAAAGUAUGUGGUUGACUUAGCCUUCCCCGAUGAAUAAAUUAAAAAGAUGAAAUGUGUAUAUAUUAUGUAUACGAUACAAUAUUAUACCAUGUUUUGAAUUUGCAUGAAAUCGUUAAACGAAAAAAACCAAACGAAAUUUAAAUUGUACAACACAUGAAGUAAAGGGCAGUUAGUUGCAUUACUAUGAUGUCCUCCUCGAUCCAUUGUGGCAUAGUAUAUACGGAUCCAGCAUAUAAAUAGCAACACGGACAUCCACCACCACACCAGUCUUCUUGCUGCACCAUCCAUCCAUCUUCCUUCCUCUGCUUUCUCUUUCCCCAUUUAUUCAUUGAUGUCUCUCAACUUCCUUCCAUCACCAGAAGAACAAGAAAUAAGGAGAAACACAGAAGAACUCUGAGAAAAGCCACACACAGAACAGAGGAGAGAAACAGAACAAGUGAUGAGAGCCAUGAAGGAGAAGAGCGAGAGUGGUGGCGGUGGAGGGUAUGUGAGAGCUGAUCAGAUAGACCUCAAGAGCCUCGACGAGCAGCUGCAGCGCCAUCUCUCUCGCGCUUGGACUACGGAUCAGAAGAACAAUUCUGCCUCCACCAGGUCCGAGGGUGGCAGCGGAUUGCUUCAUCCACCUCUUCCUCCUCUGCCUCUCACCUCCUCUGCCUCUGCCUCUGCCACCUUCAACUCUGCCGCCGCCAUCCCCGCUGUGGUAACUGGGCGGAGGCCCGAAUGGGAGAUUGACCCGGCCAAGCUCAUCAUCAAGUCCGUCAUCGCUCGUGGCACCUUCGGCACCGUCCACCGUGGCAUUUACGACGGCCUCGAUGUUGCUGUGAAGCUGCUUGACUGGGGAGAAGAAGGUCACAGAUCAGAUGCAGAAAUAGCAUCACUAAGGGCUGCUUUUACUCAAGAAGUAGCUGUCUGGCACAAGCUUGAUCACCCCAAUGUCACCAAGUUCAUAGGGGCUACCAUCGGAUCAGCAAGUCUAAACAUACAAACUGAGAAUGGACACAUGGGUAUGCCAAGCAAUAUAUGUUGUGUGGUAGUGGAGUACUGCCCCGGUGGUGCUCUCAAGACUUAUCUCAUCAAGAAUAGACGAAGGAAGCUAGCCUUUAAAGUGGUCGUCCAAAUCGCACUCGAUCUUGCCAGAGGGUUGAGCUACCUACACAAGAUGAAGAUCGUCCACAGGGACGUGAAAACGGAGAACAUGCUCCUUGACAAGUCGAGGACCAUCAAGAUUGCCGAUUUCGGUGUGGCUCGCCUUGAGGCCUCGAACCCCAAUGACAUGACAGGAGAAACAGGGACCCUAGGAUACAUGGCACCCGAGGUUCUGAAUGGAAAUCCGUACAACAGAAAGUGUGACGUGUACAGCUAUGGCAUUUGUCUCUGGGAGAUAUACUGUUGUGACAUGCCAUACCCUGACCUCAGUUUCUCAGAAAUGACGUCGGCUGUCGUUCGGCAGAACCUGAGGCCCGAGAUACCGAGGUGUUGCCCUAGCUCACUGGCAAACGUGAUGAGGCGAUGCUGGGAUGCAAACCCUGACAAGAGGCCCGAGAUGGAGGAGGUCGUUAUGAUGUUGGAAGCAAUUGACACGUCGAGAGGUGGAGGGAUGAUACCUGGGGAUCAUCAGCCUCAGAGCUGCCUCUGCUUCCGUAGGCAUCGAGGCCCAUGAAAAUGGAAAUUGCUUCAUCUCAUUUGUGAUGGUGACUGCUUUGGAAUAUACUGUAAAGUCCUUUUUUUUCUAGCUCUGCUUCAUAAAAACUCAUGUAAGUU